UUUUUUUUUUUUUUUUUCUGAUUUGUUAUUGCGUGUCAUUAGCUUUCUAUUAAUGAAACUUGAUUCACACGAGAAAAUGAAUUUGCUUUUUCAAGAUAUUACAUUUUCCACAAUAUAUUUUUCUUUUCCGGGUGAUAAAAUAGAAGCGUCGAGUUAUUUUUUAGGACUAACCAGUGACGGUGAAGACCUUAUAAAACUGAAAGAGACUGAAAGAUGGCCGGCCUUCCUACGUCGUCGUUUAAGGCAAAUACCGGUAGUGCCGCCGCAGAAGACCCCAAACUCGGUCACACGAAGCAGAUACGGAGCCACGAGGUUGCAAUUGCAGAGCUCAAUGCUCUUUCACCGUCUCGGGCUGUCUAUCAGAAGAAUGGGAACUUGUUUUUCCGUACAACAAUCCAGAAAGCAACAGCAUCUGAACAAAAACAAAUUGAUUUGGCUAAAGCAAGCCUAGGAAAGCUGAAUUCUUCUUGAUAUGACUUGGCUUACGAUGAUGGUAGUCCUACAGCCUUUUAAGACAUUGGUCUAUGCUUGUCAGAGACACCUCCAGCAUCUUCCAAGUGGAGAGAGGGCAGGAAUAUCACGCAGCAAUGAUGAAAGCAAAAGAAGAUCCAACAGCAAACCCACCGACA